GCGCUCUGCUCUGUGUCUGAAUAGACCGACUGUUUUCCUCUGCACAGUUUCAUAAGUGCUGAAACCCCAGCGCGCUGCUUACUCACGCCUGUUUGCAUGGGAGAAUCCACGGAGGUGUACACUUGACGCUUCUUAACCUAAAGCCCACUCUCACUGAACACUCACCGUGGGCCCUGCGUCUGAAGGGGAGCGAUCGUGUGACCAUGGCGCAGACUUUGGGGCUGUUUGUGAGUUGUUUGUUGUUUCUUCUCUCCUCCGACGCGGAGGGGAAGCGCAGCAGGGAGAGAGUUUACUAUGUGGGGAUCACUGAGGACGCGUGGGAUUAUGCGCCUAGUGGAAAAAACCUGCUGAACGGGAAAGACGUCGGAAAUGACGAGCAUGCAUCUGUAUUCCUGGAAAGGGAACCCCAGCGCAUCGGCAGUGUUUAUAAGAAGGCGAUGUUCCGGCAGUAUACAGAUGCCACGUAUAGUCGCCUGAGUCCCCGGCCGGCCUGGCUGGGCUUCCUGGGGCCCAUACUGCGUGCAGAGGUUGAUGAUGUUAUUGUGGUGCACCUGAAGAACUCUGCGUCCAGGAACUACUCCAUGCAUCCCCAUGGAGUUUUCUAUGAGAAGGAUACAGAGGGGGCGCUCUAUCCAGAUGGGACAUCACCGAAGUUGAAGAGGGACGACUCUGUUCCUCCAGGAGGCAGCUACACUUACCGCUGGGAGGUCAGACCAGAAUUUGCUCCCACAGAUGGAGAUGCCAAUUGCCUGACCUGGGUCUACCACUCACAUGUGGACGCACCCAUGGAUAUUGCUGCAGGACUUAUCGGGGCUCUGCUCACCUGCAAGAAAGGGAUCUUGAAAGAGACGAAUGAUCCAGUCCCUGGUCAGACAAAGCCGGGUUCUGUCGUAGAUUCAGCCAGAUAUGAUGUGGACCAGGACGUUUUCUUGAUGUUCACUGUGGUGGAUGAAAAUCUGAGCUGGUAUCUGGAGGAUAACAUUCAGACGUGCAGUGAUCCCGGUGGGGUGGACCCAGAAGACCCAGACUUUAAGGAAUCAAACCUAAUGCAUGCAAUAAAUGGGUACAUGUUUGGUAACCUGCCCGGGAUUGAGUUAUGCCAGCACCGUGCUGUGGCCUGGCAUUUGUUUGGCAUGGGGAACGAAGUGGACAUUCACUCUGCCUUCUUCCAUGGGAACACGCUCCUGGACCGAGGCCAUCGCACCGACGUCCUCAGCCUGUUCCCCGCCACGUUUGCCACGGCUGAGAUGGUCCCCAAGGCAGCAGGAAAGUGGCUGCUGGCGUGCCAGGUUAAUGACCACCUGCAGGCUGGGAUGCAGGCCUUUUAUGAAGUGAAGUCAUGCGACAGUGAGGCCAGCUCCACAGAGACGGGCGGUGGUGUUGUGAGGAAUUACUACCUGGCAGCAGAAAAAGACAUGUGGAACUACGCUCCCUCAGGGAAGGAUCUGAUAGCUAAUGUAUCCCUAACUGAGGUUGACAGUGCAUCAGAGAUCUUCUUCGGUAAAGAGGGGGGAAGGAUCGGAGGAAUCUACCACAAAGUCAUAUACAGAGAGUACACAGACAACACCUUCACCACCUUAAAACCAAAGGAUUCACAUUUGGGAAUCUUAGGUCCGGUCUUGAGGGCAGAGGAAGGAGACACCCUCCAAGUGACGUUCAAGAAUUUAGCAGAUAGGAACUACAGCAUCCAGCCUCACGGCCUGCACUAUGACAAACGCUUCCAGGGGAGCAGCUACGAGGAUGGUGUCAACAAGCCAGGCUCCCACGUGGCUCCGGGGCAGACAUUCACCUACACCUGGCAGGUGCUAGAAGGUCCAUCCUCUUCUGAUUCUCCCUGCAUCCCCUACCUGUACUACUCCGCCACUGAUCCUGCCAAAGACACCAACUCAGGAUUAGUGGGACCUCUGCUCGUGUGCAAGAAAGGAGCGCUAGGGGAGAACGGAACCCAGAAAGGCGUGGAUAAAGAGUUCUUCCUCUUGUUUUCUGUCAUGGAUGAAAACUCAAGUUGGUAUUUGGAGGAGAAUAUCCUUGAUUCUGGAGGCAACCCGAAUUAUGAAGACUUUGAGGAGAGCAAUAUGAUGCAUGCUGUAAACGGGCUGAUGUAUGGGAACCUUCCUGGACUGGAGAUGUGUGCCGGGGACACAGUUCAGUGGUACACAUUUGGCCUGGGCACAGAGGUGGACAUCCAUGGUGUUUAUUUUGAAGGCAACACUUUCAAGAAGCAGAGCACAACACGGGACACUGUCAGUCUGUUCCCUCACACCACUGCUGCUGUCACCAUGCAGCCAAACACUAACGGUGUGCUUGAGGUGAGCUGCAGAGUAACGGACCACUACUCAGCCGGCAUGAGACAGCAGUACAAAGUGAACAAGUGCUCGCAACGACAAGUGAAGACCACACACAAACGUCCGACUAAGACUGUGGAGUAUUUUAUCAGUGCUGAAGAAAUCGAGUGGGACUAUUCACCUGAAAGGGACUGGGAGCUGGAGAAACACCACGCCACAUUAGAAGACAGUCCAGGCAGCAUAUUUGUGGCGAAAGGGAAAAACAGAAUUGGCUCGCGCUACAAGAAGGUGGUUUACAGAGAAUACACUGAUGACACCUUCAGAGUCCAGAAGGAACGACAACUCAGCCAACAACACCUCGGAGUGAUCGGUCCGAUAAUCAAAGCAGAGGUUGGAGAGCAGAUUUUGAUCAUGUUCAAGAACAAAGCCAGCCGGCCUUAUUCGAUAAGCGCACAUGGAGUUCAGUCUAGUGGCACACAUGUUCCUGUCAAACCUGGCUUCUUGGUGGAGUUGACAUGGGAUAUUCCUAAAAGCUCUGGUCCGGGGGUCACUGAUCCAAACUGCAUCUCUUACGCCUACUACUCCAAUGUGGACUUCAUUAAGGAUCUGUACAGUGGUCUCCUGGGGCCUCUGGUGGUCUGCAGGCCAGGGACUCUGCAGCGUGGUGUGGGGUCCGACAGACCGAGGGCUGACGUGGAAAAUGAGUUCGCUCUGCUCUUUAUGGUGCAUGAUGAAAACCAGUCCUGGUACCUCGAGGACAACAUCAGAACGCACCUCGGCGUCGACCCUGAGACCUUCACGCCGGACGAGGACUUUGAGGAGAGUAACCUGAUGCAUGGGAUCAAUGGGAAGCUGUACGGUAACCUGCAUGGACUGGUCAUGACACAGGGCGAGAAAGUUGACUGGUAUCUGCUCGGCAUGGGAAACGAGGUGGACAUGCACACCGUUCACUUCCACGCUGAGACUUUUACCUAUAAGACGGACCGCAUUCACCGUGCAGAUGUCUUUGACCUCUUCCCCGGGACUUUCCAGACUGUGGAGAUGGUUGCAGGGAAUCCGGGGACAUGGUUACUCCACUGUCAUGUGACAGAUCACAUCCAUGCUGGCAUGGAGACCACUUUCACUAUCAAAGAAAAGUCGUCAGGAGCUGCAGCAGCAGGAACUGAAGGCUGUAUAAAGACCCUGCUGCUCUCACUGGCUCUCUGUCUGAUGGCUGUAGGUGGACUGCACUGAAGAAGGGACUCUGACACUGCGCUGUACCUGUGUCACCACGACAGUGGUUAUAAAUGCACUUCAAAAAUCCAGGGACAAAAUCACUGUGGCAUGGAGGUUAUUUAUGUACAUAUCAAGAAAAGUUCAGCUAAGACUAAGUAUAUUCUACAGAAGUACAAUAAUGUGGGAAGUUCAGAGUUUCUUUAUUUUGUUAGGACAAGAGGAAGCAUUUUAUACAUGUGUAUGUCUCUAUGUUGCCGUUUGCUGGCAUGUUGCACUGUGUUUUAAUGUUGUUUUGUUGCUUUUACAGAGCACAGCUUUACCAAAUAUUUGAUCCCAGUCAUGAAUGUGCAAUAAAAACAUCUAACUCAA